AUGUCUGACUACCCCCGUUCUCGUUUCCCCGAUCCCACUGCACAUUCUCGGAUACGUCCCCAUCCACAAUCGCGUCCACCUGGCGGACGAGGACAUGAACAUAUAUAUGCAUACACCCUUUCUCUCAAUGCCGUGGAGUACCGGACAGCGGUGUUACGCGGAGACAUGGACUCCGCGGCCGAGAUUCUGCCCUCUAUACCGAAAGAACAGUUGAAUAAGGUGGCUCGGUUUUCAGAAGCUCGCGGUUUGAUCGCCCUGAGGCUCGACGAUCUAGACAUCACGCGAUCUGUGCCGGAAGCUGAGGCAGAGUCAAAGUGGAAAGCGCUCGGGGAUCGUGCAUUGGCAGUCUGGAGAUUUGACUUGGCAAAACAGGCGUUCGAGAGAGCAGGGGAUUUUAGUUCAUUGAUGUUUUUGUUGCUGGCUGUUGGGGAUGUGGAUGGGCUGAGGGCCUAA